GGGAGGAGGAAGAGGAGGAGGAGGAAGGUGGGGGAGACAGCCGCCAUGAAGUGCGUCAUCCCGAGGAACAACCUGCGAGCGUUUGCAAAGGCAAUCCAAGCCCUCUCCAGAGUUGGCGACGAGCUGUGGUUCGAUCCUUUAGAGAAGGGGCUUGCUUUGAGAUCAGUGAGUUCCUCUGGGUCAGCAUACGCCUGCUUCUUGUUUUCUCCACUCUUCUUCCAGUAUUAUAAUAGGGAGAGCAGACCCCAGCAAGACGCAAAAGAAAAUGAAGUUGUGGGCCUGAAGUGUAAAGUGGCAAUUAAGCAUGUUCUCCCUAUGUUUCGAUGUCUAACUGCAUUGGAGAGAAGUGUGGAAAAAUGCAAGAUUUACAUCAAUUCACAGAACUGUGGUAUAAUUUUCCAGUUCUUCUAUAAACAUGGAAUUACUAUAGCUCACAAACUGGUUUUUCAGGAGUGCGAACCUCUGCAGGCUGUGUUUUCCAAGCAACUCAGCCCAAAUAUAGUAAGAGCUCAUGCAAGACUUCUGGCUGAUGUAGCAAUUCAUUUCCCAAUGUCUCAAGAGGAAAUUACUUUGGUUAUGACUCCUAUGAAGGCUUCAUUCAAGAGUUAUGUAGAAGAAGACAGAGAUCCUGCAAAGGUAAUGCAAACUGUGGUGAACCUAAAAGCUGAUGAAUUCGAGUACCUUCAGGUUGGAGUUGAUUCAGAGAUUACCUUUUGCUUGAAGGAGCUAAGGGGUCUACUAGCAUUUGCAGAAUCUACCAGCUUUUCUGUGUCAAUACAUUUUGGAACGGCUGGGAGGCCAGUUGCAUUUAGUAUUGAUGAUCUGGUGCUGGAGGCUAACUUUGUGCUGGCUACAUUAGCUGAUAUAGAAAGCCGCACAUCCUCACAGCAUACUCAGAACAUCAGGAAAACCUUUACCAAUAAAAGCGCAGACCCAACAAGUAAUGAAACAACUGAUGACAUGAAUGAAGUGGUUCAUGAAGAGAGGAAAGAACCCGGAGCAAUUGUGGGAAAUCCAUUACAGAAAAAUAUACAGCAUCUGGUGGAAAUCUGCAGAAGCCCAGUAAUUAAUAGAAACCUGGCAGAAAAUACUCAUGAAUUCCCUGUACCAAAUGAGGAUUUAGAUAGGUUAGAAAACAAAGUGAUGCCUGGAACUUCACCCCGCAAAAAGCAGAGGUAAUAUUAAAUGUUCGAGUGUCACUUCAGUAGUGUGCACAACUCCAAUGUUGGUAUAAACUGUUAACACCUUAAUUUAUCAAACGUCUUUCAGAAGUGAUGCCAAUAAUUCACCAACAUUGAUUACUUCUAGAUAAAUCACCAAGCACACUUAGUCUAAAGGAUAAAAUCAAGUAAAGAUCUCUUGACCUUCAUUAUAUUAAGUAACAAUGAAAUUAAGCUUUGCUUUUUUAAACAACAUCAAACAGGUUACUUCAGGGGCAUCAACAGUUACCUUCCAAUGUUGCAGCAAACCUAGCCUCAACUUAUCUAACUUGCCUGG